AUGAAGAAUAACAUAUAUACACAGAAGAAAAGAAAACCUUAUGGGAGUAAAUUAGGUGCUUGUGGGAGAAAUUCAGAAGGAGUUAGUACUGAGGUGUUCUCAGUGUACACCACUUCGAAGCCAGCUAAGAAGAUUCCUGAUAGAAAUGUAAAGAAUACGCAUUUGAGAAAGUCCAAUAGAAGGAAAGACGUCACUGGGACUCCAUCUGUAAAUAACCUUAUCUCUAGUGCAGCAGGAAAAUUGAGAGAGAAAAUCGCUUCUAAAACUCGUGUUGGUGAAAAUAGCUCUGGCAGACUUUCACUCAACUCCGGCAAUAGGAAUCUGAACAUCUUCAAUUCCUUUAAUAGUAACCGAAAAUCAGGUUGCAAUGCUGACUUUCAGAUGAUAAAUCAUAGACCAAGCACGCUAUCUAGUAAAUCAAUCACUAAGACUCCAAAAAGAGAUUAUUAUAAUAAAAUUGAGAAGAAAUUUGGAAAUAAGUCAAUAAAGGGUCAGAAAACACCUGUUCAGAAGAACUCAUUUAAAUUACACUCAAAAACAAAAGCAACUAAAUCAAGUUAUAAUAUCCUUAGAGGCUCAGGAUUGAUUCGUAAUGAGAUAGAUUGCUCCUCUAUUCCUCCAAAAUCUCCAAGAAUAGCAAGAGAAGACCCCCAGACAGUUGCAUUUACUAUAAAGAUUAUUGACAAAGAAAACGAAGAUAAGGGGAAUACUGGCAGCCAGAAUAUCUACAAAUCUACUCAAGAUAAAAGGAAGACUCUUGAACAGAACUGAUGGUAUACUGAAAAUUUUGAACAAAGCCCUAUGUGUAAUAACCACAAACUCGUUCGAGAGAAAAGACCUUCACAAGUAUCUGAGAGCAGCUUAUCAAGCUAUUCUUCAGUCAAAAAAUUUAGAGUGCCUACUUUCCAAGAUCCUAAGACCAAUUUGAUUGCCAAAUCUAACUUAUGAAAGGAGAAAAAUAGUCAAAUCAAGCGAAAGCCUGAAAAUAAUCAAAGAGAAGGAAUGUGAAAGAAAGCAUCCUCCCAACAAAGCGGUGUUUCUGAGAAAAGAACUAGAUCCAAAAGACCUCGGACAAGGAGGAAAAUCAAAGUGAUUGGUAUUAGAGCAUCGAACUUGUAA